AUGUCGUUGGAAAUUGAAUCGGCUGAUGUCAUUCGUCUUAUUCAACAAUAUCUCAAAGAAAACAAUUUACUACGAACAUUAGCCAAUUUACAAGAAGAAAGUGGUAUAUCGCUAAACACAGUGGAUUCAAUUGAAAGUUUUAGCUCUGAAAUUAAUAGUGGCCAUUGGGAUACAGUUUUGCAAGCACUUCAAUCGCUCAAAUUAUCAGAUAAUAAACUAAUCGAUCUUUAUGAACAGAUUGUUAUUGAAUUAAUAGAGUUACGUGAAAUUGGAGCAGCACGAACAUUACUUAGACAAACAGAUCCAAUGAUCAUGCUUAAACAACAACAACCAGACCGAUAUGUACAUUUAGAAGAUUUAUUAACACGCUCUUAUUUUGAUCCCCGAGAAGCAUAUCCUGAAAGUCAAAACAAAGAAAAGCGACGUCAAGCAAUAGCGAAUGCAUUAGCUGGUGAAGUUAGUGUUGUUCCACCAUCAAGAUUAUUAGCUCUAUUAGGGCAAGCACUGAAAUGGCAACAAUAUCAGGGAUUAUUACCACCUGGUACAUCAAUCGAUUUAUUUCGUGGAAAAGCUCAAGUGCGUGAACAAGAAGAAGAAAAAUAUCCAAAUCAAUUGAGUCGUAAUAUCAAAUUUGGUGCAAAAGCACAUGUUGAAUGUGCAAGGUUUUCACCUGAUGGUCAAUAUCUCGUUACUGGUUCAUUCGAUGGUAUUAUUGAAGUAUGGAAUUUUUCUACAGGCAAAAUCCGUAAAGAUUUAAAAUAUCAAGCACAAGACAGUUAUAUGGUUAUGGAUGAUGCCGUUCUAGCUCUAUGUUUCAGUAGGGACUCAGAAAUGUUAGCAUCGGGAAGUCAAGAUGGAAAAAUAAAGGUAUGGAAAAUACAAAGUGGUCAGUGUUUAAGAAAAUAUGAUAAAGCACACGCUAAAGGUGUGACUUGUUUGACGUUUUCACGUGAUAGUACACAAUUGCUAAGUGCAUCAUUUGAUCAAACAAUACGUAUUCAUGGAUUGAAAUCUGGUAAAGUGAUUAAGGAAUUUCGUGGACAUGCCUCAUUUGUAAACGAUGCAGCAUUCAUAGCCGAUGGACAUAGCGUCAUUAGUGCCAGUUCCGAUGGUACAGUGAAAAUAUUCAAUAUAAAAACUGCCGAAUGUAUAUCAACAUUUAAAUCAUUUGGUGGUACAUCAGAUAUAAGCGUAAAUAGUAUUCAUUUAUUAUCGAAAAAUAAUGAUCAAUUUGUUGUGUGUAAUCGUAGUAAUACGGUCGUUAUUAUGAAUAUGCAGGGCCAGAUUGUAAGAAGUUUUUCGAGUGGUAAAAAAGAAAACGGAGAUUUUGUUUGUUGUGCUGUUUCGCCACGUGGUGAAUGGAUUUAUUGUUGUGGAGAAGACAUGGUGCUCUAUUGUUUUAGUGUGCAAUCAGGAAAAUUAGAAAAAGUUUUAUCCAUGUCGACUGUUGUGACUAAUAAGCCACUUUUAAAGCCUUUGUACAAUCUUGUAUCGUCAAAUUUUCAACAACAACAAAUUUUAAAAUUAUCUCAGAGCGUAGCUCCUCCAACUUUAUCAGUAUUCUCUUUUAAACGAGCUGCUAUACUUAUUGGUUUACCUCUAAGUAGUUUAAUUUUCUAUCGUUUAUCAACAAAUGCUGAAAACAGAAGAAAACAUCGAAUUGUCUUCGGAAGUAUAACACGUGCUGCACAUGCAUUAACAGUCGGAAUGCGUGUUGGCAUCGAUUAUAAAACAAGUUUAUUAUUUCUCAAAAAGGGAUCAAAGGAAUAUAUUACUGCAUUAGAAAAAUGUCGACGUCGAAAUGGUAAACGUUUUGUUGAUUUAUGUAUACGAAAUGGUGGCGUUUAUGUUAAAAUUGGUCAAGCGUUUGUCAAUUUACCCGAAGUUAUACCAGUUGAAUAUGCGGAAGAAUUACAAGUAUUACAAGAACGUGCUCUACGAAGACAAAAAGGAGAAGUAGAUAUAUUAUUCAAAAAAUACUUUCGAAAUUCUCCUGAAGAAGUAUUCGGGCAAUUUAAUCGUAUACCAGUUGCUGCAGCUAGUCUAGCAGAAGUUUAUGAUGCGCAGACAAAAGAUAACCAACGUGUGGCUGUCAAAAUUCAAUAUUACGAUUUGCGUGAUCGAUAUGAAACAGAUAUUGCUACAAUGAAAAUUAUAUUUCGUCUAUUUGAAUGGUUUAACCGUGAUUGGACUAUGGCAUGGAUGUUGGAUGAAUUACAUGAUGAUCUCAGUCUGGAAUUAGAUUUUAGUCAUGAAGCUCGAAAUGCUGAAAAAUGUCGUGAACAUUUGAAACAUUUAAAAUUUAUUGCAGUACCAAAAGUUUAUUGGGAAACUACACGAAAAAGAGUUUUAACAUACGAAUUCUUAGAAGGUGUGGCAAUUAAUCGAAUGGAUGUACUUCAAAUUCAUGUUCGAAAAGGUCAAGAUGGAACUGCUCAGAUUAUUUUGUUGGAUCAUGGAUUAUAUGAAACAUUAUUGAAAGAAGAACGAAAACUUUUAUGUGAAUUAUGGAUAGCAACGGUGAAUAAUGAUUCAGAAAAAAUGAGACAAACUGCCGUUGCUGUGGGUGCACCAGAAAAAGAUUACGAACUAUUCUGUACAUUUGUUACAAUGAUGAUGUUACCAGGUACAGAACAAUAUGCUGUACCUCAAUAUGCUAAAAACUGGGAUCCAGGUUUACCAUAUGAAAUACAAUGUUUAGCAUUAAAACAAGAAAAAUUUAUGAUGCCAAAUGACGAUGAGUAUCUAAACAAAAUGAAUGUUGAACAACAAUUAGAAAUUCAACAACGUUUUAAAAGAUUAAUGGAAAAAAAACGUGCAAGUUUAUUUCGAAUUUUAAAACAAAUGCCAAAGACUAUGUUCUUAUUAUUAAGAAAUUUAAAUUGUGUACGAGUUACAUUGCAACGACAUGAUCAAAAUGUUGAUAGAACAAAAAUAAUAACUGAUAUUUGUUUAAAGGCAUUAAAAGAUAAUAAAAAAUAA